AUAAAUAGAAAAUUAACUUUUAAAACUGAUAAACAGGUAUUAGUUUCGAAAAAAUUAUAGUUUUAAUCAUAAAUUAUUUUAAAAUUCUAUUUAUUUAAUGAUUUAGGACCUAUAAUUUUCAUUUUGUAUUGGAUCUAUAAUAUCUCAGGACCGGCACUGACUAUAAAACACCAGAAAAACAUAUUAAAAACGAUAAUAAGUGAAGGCUUGGUCAAAAGGACCAAACACAGGUUCCUUUUGUUUCAAUUCUUAACAAAACUAAGAGCAUCCGCAACGGAGAUCCUUAAGAGAGAGUUUUUAGGGACAAAAUAAUUAAAUAAUUGGUAGGUUCCACCAAAAUUAAGGUUUCGAUCCUUAAAAUCCUUAAAUAAGGAUCAAUCCUUAAAGAAUCUUUAACACGCGUCGGUCCGCGAUUGGUUCAUAUAUUUUUUUAUUUUAAUCUGAAGAAAGAAAAACGAAUAAUAAUUAAAAAUUCUAAAAUAUUAUUCAUAAGGACUCUUCUUCUUGAGACGAGACUCAGAUGCUCUUAAGACAUUCACCAUUUCCUUUGUAUUUUCUUUUUUCACCAUUUUCCUACUUGACCUCCAAUACAAUGAUCAAUCUCUUUAUGUCCCCCCAAAAAAUUAUGUUCUAUAGAAUCAUAUGGAUGCUGUUUGUGAUACCUUCUUGUGUUUUCUCAGCUAAUGAGCUUCACAGACUCUGCAGUCAACCGUUUACCUGCGGCAAUCAGAACGGUCUCUUGUACCCUUUCUGGACAUCUGAAAGAAAAGACUGUGGCCACCCUGACUUCGAGCUCAACUGUAGUAGCGGAUUCGCAGAGCUUAGUAUCUCCUCCGUGAAGUUUAGAAUCUUAGAGGCGAAUUAUGAAUCUCGUUUCAUAAGACUAGCAAGAUCGGAUUAUAUCGGCGAUCUUUGUCCCAAAGAUCCUUUAAACGUGCCAUUCGACGAAAGCGUCCUUCCACUUGUUCCUAACACCACUCAGCUAACAAUUUACUACGACUGCAAUCAAGACUUCUCAGGGUAUGUUUCUACUUACGUUAGAGCGCUUGCUUGUGAUGAUGGUGAUGGCAAAGGAAAUUAUUAUGUAACGAGAAACCUCUCUUCCCCUCUGCUUCAAGGAAGUCGUGGUGUUUUUAACGAUUUCAGAGUAUUUUGCGAUAAGAACGUCAGUAUUCCUGCAAAUGGUCCCGCGCUGACCACACUGCAGACAUCUUCAAGCAGAGAUAAUCUAAAGAAGGCUCUCGAAGAGGGUUUCGAGCUUGGACUUAACCAGGAAUGUUCGAGGUGCUUAGCCCUUCAGGGUGCUUGUGGAUAUAAUCGGACCUCAAGUACAUUCACCUGCUAUUACAUAGUCGAGCCCAAUGACCGUACCAGGAAAAAAGGUGUCUCUCCUGGAGCUAUAGCAGGAAUUGAGUAUGCUUCCGGAUCGGUGGCCAUCAUUCUUAUAGCCGGAGGUUUGUUCUGCCUUAUAAGCCAGCGAAGGAAGACAUCAGAAGUUCCUAGACAACUUAAUCUAAAGGCCCUUAUUCCACUAGAACACUAUAGCUACGCGCAAGUAAAGAGAAUUACAAAGUCAUUUGCAGAAGUCAUUGGGAAAGGAGGAUUUGGCACUGUGUAUAGAGGAACCCUUUGUGAUGGCCGCAAGGUUGCUGUCAAAGUCUUGAAUGAUACAACGGGUAACGGUGAAGACUUCGUUAACGAAGUUGCAAGCAUGAGCAAGACAUCUCAUGUCAACAUUGUUACCUUGCUAGGAUUCUGUGCUGAAGGUACCAAGAGAGCGAUUCUUUACGAAUUUUUGGAAAAUGGAUCUCUCGAUAAGUUCAUCUCAAGCAAGAGAUCAUCAGAUAUGGAUUGGACGGAACUAUAUGGAAUCGCAUUAGGCGUUGCUCGUGGUCUAGAGUACUUGCACCACGGAUGCAGAACAAGGAUUGUGCAUUUCGACAUCAAACCACAGAAUGUACUCUUAGAUGGCAAUCUUUGUCCCAAAGUUUCAGACUUUGGCCUUGCUAAGCUCUGCGAGAGGAAAGAAAGCAUCUUGUCACUACUAGACACAAGAGGUACGAUUGGAUACAUUGCACCCGAAGUGUUUUCAAGAGUAUACGGUAGAGUGUCACACAAGUCAGAUGUGUAUAGCUAUGGAAUGUUGGUUCUUGAGAUGAUAGGAGCAAGAAACAAAACAUCAACUGGAGACACUGCAUCUAGCGCAAGCUCAGUGUACUUUCCCGAAUGGAUCUAUAAGGAUCUUGAGAAGGGACACAGUGGAACGCCUACCGGGGAUGGAAUCAGCAAUGAAGAAGAGGAGAUAGCAAAGAAGAUGACACUGGUGGGUCUCUGGUGUGUUCAAUAUUCCCCUUCAGAUCGUCCAUCCAUGAAUAGAGUUGUAGAGAUGAUGGAAGGAAGUCUAGAUGCUCUUGAAGUCCCUCCUAGGCCUGUUCUACAAAUCCCCACAGCGCCUCUUCCAGAAUCUUCUACGGUUUCAGAGGACAUUUCAGUUUACACAGAAGUAUGUUCACUAAAUAUUGCAUAAAGACGAGAGGCUAGAUUCAACUAGAAGAUACCCUAACUAUUGUGUCAGAGUUAUCUGGUUCUGGUAACUACAAAGACGAAACUACUACUCCCUCUGUUGUUUUUUUUAAGAUGUAUGUUUUGGAGUUUUCACACAUAUUAAGAAAACACAUUAAUCAUGCAUUGUUUUUAGAAAUUAUCAAAUUUCAAUGCAUUUUAACCAA